AUGUGGCGACGCGAAGGCUACACUAUAUCCACUGUUCCUUACCGUCGUACUACUACCACUCUUAUGUCAAGACUGUUGUUGUUGCUAGCCCUUUUGCUAGUACUAGUUCAACUGCAGGGGGUAGUCUCUGCAGCGGAAACUGAUGGAGGUGAAGAAGAUUUUUACGAGGUUCUCGGUCUUAGCAAGGAGCGUGAAGAUGCGAGUGAGCGGGAUAUUAAAUCUGCAUGGCGACGGCUGUCUAAGAAGCAUCACCCUGACCUUGCUGGAGAGUCACAGCGAGAAUUGUACCAGCGGAUUCAACGUGCCUAUGAAGUACUUGGAGAUCGCAAAAAGCGUAAGGUGUAUGAUAUUCUUGGUGUUGAUGGACUGAAGCGUUUUGAGCAUCCGGAGGAUCAACAACAACAGAUGCAUCCUUUCUUUGCUUUCUUUGGCGGUGGGGCCUCAUCCCAGUCCGCAGAUCGUGGGAAGAAUGAGGAUAUGCUGUUGCUUGUGCCGUUGGCGGAUGUGUAUACUGGGGCUGCCCACACGGUGCGUCUCCCCCGGACCAAAAUCUGCCGUGCCUGUCACGGGAGCGGGGCCCACAGCCGUAGUGACUUGCAGACCUGCGAGCACUGCGGGGGGAGCGGCCACGUGGUGCGGCGCGUGCAGUUGGCGCCCGGCUUUGUGCAGCAGUUGUCGCAGGCGUGCGGGCACUGCGGGGGUCGUGGGCGCGUGGUGCGGCGGCGGUGCGAGCCGUGCGGGGGGCGCGGGGUCGUGCGGGGGACGGCGGCGUUGAGUGUCGACGUGGAGCGGGGGGCGGCGGAGGGUCUCGCGCUGGUCUUUGAGCUCGAGGGCGACCAGCAGCCCGGGCAGGUGCCGGGGGACGUCAUUUUGACCCUCGCCACCGCCCCCCACCCGCUCUUCACCCGCCAGGAGGACCACCUCACCACCACCGUCACCCUCACGCUGAAGGAGGCUCUGCUGGGCUUUGAGAGGCGCCUCACACACCUGGACGGGCAUGUAGUCGAACUCACCGCCACAGGGGUCACUCAGCAUGGGGAUAGGCAGAUUAUCGAAGGGGAGGGCAUGCCAAAACACCACGUCCCAUCAGAAAAGGGAAAUCUAUACGUUAUUUACCAUGUAGAACUCCCUAGUUUGCUUACCACGGCGCAGCGGGAGGCGGUGGAACGCCUGUUGGACUAA